CUAGGUUAGGUAUAACAGCAACAUAUAAAACUAAACUAAUUAUUGAAUAAUUGUUUAUGAAGCACCUGCAUGGUGUAUAGUUGUAUACCAUCCACAAACAAGUUUAUUUAACUUUCCAUCAUGGCUGAUUUAACGGUAAAAUAUCAAAGAUUGGCUCACGAGUACGCAAAGUUGAAAGCUCAAAACCAGGUUCUCAAAAAAAGCGUAAUUGAAUCGCAAGCCACUGCUACAGAUAUGCAGGAUCUUCUCCAAAGCAAAGAGCAAGCGAUACGUCGAUCCCAACAAGAGAUUGAAAGCACCAACUUUCGCAGCCAACAAAUGCAACGAAGGGUCGAACUUCUGCAACUUGAACUUGAUCAGCUUAAUCGGGUUAAAAGGGGAAAGGUUCCAGGAGAAACUUCCAAUCCACCUGUUAACAGCGUGCUGGAUGAAGACCUUAAUAAUAAAAUCAUAGAGAAUGAAAUGCUGCAUAAAAAGGUUCAAGAGUUUGACAUGAAGACGAAACAACUUGAAGAAAGUUUAAACGAACGAGUUGAAGUUGCCUUACAUGAAGCUCGAGUCGCUACUGAGGGUUUGGAGGGGGUUACCACAAGUUAUAAUGCGAUGAAAGAGAAAUUAGAACGAGAGAACUUAACGUUGAAAGAAAAACUGCAAACUUGCAAGGAAGAAUUCAAUGCUUUGAAAACCCAAUCAACCAAACAAAUAUCGGAACUCACCCAACUCACCCAGAAUCUAAAUCAAGACAAAGUGAAUCUUACUACAAUGGUUGACAAAGGCAUCGUGUUCAAUGAUGCGAAGUGUCAAGAAUACAAUGCAAUCCAACUUUGUGCUUAUGAUAAAAGGGCAGAGGUAAAACUUGACAACGUAUUGAAACAAGCUGAGCAACUGGUGGCCGACAUUUGUAAAUCUUUGUCAAACUUCCAUAAAUUUACGGGCAAGCGAUGUUUGUUGUACCCAGUGGAUGGAUCGUACCAGGAGCCUUCUGUAAAUAAUCAAAAGUUCUCCAAGCUUUUAACUGAAGAAGCCAAGCUGAUCCAAGAAUUGUUGGAAGCAUUCACUCAUGUAUUUGUAAACACACCAAGAUCAAUGCAAACCAAGUUUGACCUGAAACAGAUUGAACGCGCGUUUCUUAAAUACAAAAGUUUCUUCAUGAAGUUGUGUCCUUACCAAAUGAAAAGUUUAAAAGAAGAAUGCGAGAUAUCUAUUUGUGCAGUGAGUUUACAAACCAAGAACAACGAAUAUCUUCUUCAAUAUAAAAGAUUGUUUCCCGCUAUUUGCAAAGCUCACACUUAUUUCCGUAUCUUUGCUGUUAAAGGAGAGAAGUUACAUUUGUCAAACGAAAAGUUGAAAAGUUGUUUGUGCAAACUUGUAUCUGCGUUCACUGAUCUACAUUUAACUUUCAGAGAUUUAUCGAAAGCAUUUAAUGGUAAGAUUGAAUUUGAAUACGAAUUACCAACGACGACUAAUUCGAAUGAAUUACGGUCGGCCAACGAAAUAUUACUUUCAUCAAUGAUUUCUUUGUCUUCAAACUUUGCGAGAUUGUCGGGAUUCCUUAAUGAACAUCAAGAUUUCUUUGUAUGGAAACUUCAGUCAUCAUCGGCAAGUUCUGCCGACGUCAAGCGUCACGCUUUGGAUUACAUGCGCCACAUAAAAGUUACGACUCUACCUCAAUCUGUGCCUUACCUUGAAGCGAUAAAGAAUCAUCACAACUUUGUUUGUUCGAGUGAAAACAGAGAUGAACUUUUAUCACAGCUUGAAAAAACUUGCUUCAAAACUUCAUUCUUUGGAGCAAGAAAAAGAACAUUGGUUGUCUCAUUUUCCCCAACCGAUGUCUCAAUGCUUGGUGUUCUACAGAAUGAUUCUUUUCAUCCAGAAAAGAGUGACAACCAAACUGAAGAUUUAAUAAAACAACAUCUUACUGUGAGGAUCACUGAGAUGGGAUAUAAGAUGCAACACGCGGAAGCUAAGACUUUACAUUUCGAAUCAGAGUGUAAUGUGUUGCAUAAACACCUGGGGAUGGCAAAAGACAAGCAAUCAAGCAUGCAACAUGAAAUUAGUUCAAGUCUGCAGAAAAUAUCACAACUACAGGAUGAACUAUCAGUAACUCGACGAAACUACGAAGACCAGUUAAGUUUGAUGAGCGAACAUCUGGCUUCCAUGAACGAUAAAUUAGCUUCACAAAAAGAUGAAAUUGAGAACUUAAAAGUGAAA